AUGGCUUUCAGUAGGCCGCUGUUCACCCAAGUGGCCAGUGUCCAACGCAUAAAAGCGAACGUUGCUUCGGCUCAAGGUAUCUGGAAGCCAUCAAGCAGAUCCAACUGCACCACCACACCCGCUAAGCCGAAUCAUUCAGCUACUGCCAAUUACAACCAGCUUGUUCGCUGCAGCGCCCGCUUACGAACUAUGGCGACUCAGACCACAGCUGCGAACCCUCUUCUCCAACUUCACGCCUCUUACGGUGACUGGCGGGAUGAUCUGCAUACCAAAGGGUAUGCGGUCGUCAAGGGCGCUAUCCCCCACGAACGUGCAGUCGAGUACCAGCAAAAGGCCCUGAAGUGGCUUACUUCAUUUGGCCUGCCGUUGGACUUGAACGACCCCAGUACCUGGGUUGCCGAAAACAUGCCUGUCCAAAGCAAACUUAACACCUUCGACAACUACUGCGUUGCUCAUGAGAAGUUCAUGUGGGACGCUCGCAUGGAGCCCGGAGUGGUGGAUGCCUUCUCGAAAGUCUGGAACACGAACGAGCUACUCGUAUCUUUCGACUCCCUCAACAUCACCCUUCCGGGGCGUAAGGACAAGCCAACUCGGGCCCCGUGGCCCCACGUCGACCAGUCACCCUUCAAGCGUGGUCUGCACUGCAUCCAGGGCAUCAUCAACUUGAGCCACGUUGGCGAUGAGGAUGGCUCGCUCAUGGUGAUGCCAGGCUCGAAUGCCUACAAUGCCGAGUUCUUCGACACUCAGACCGACAGAUCUUCCUGGCCCAACAUUGAUUGGCGCCGCUUCAGCGAGGAAGAGAUAAAGUGGUUCGAAAGUAAAGGGCUUACUGUGUGCAAAGUCAAAGCUGAGCCUGGUGAUUUGAUCUUGUGGGACUCGAGGACCGUGCAUUGGGGAGCUGAACCUACGGCGAAUAGCAAGACGAUCCGAACCGUUAUCUACGCAUCCUACUCUCCCGCUGUAUUUGCCACAAAAGAAGCUCUUGAAGAGAAAGCUCGCGUGUUUCGUGUGUAUGGGGCGACGACUCACUGGGCGCAUGACAAUAUUUGGCUUCGGCCACAGCUUGCGCACCUUCCCGAUGGUACGGUUGACCCACGAAACAGGGACGAGCCGUUGGAGAAGCCCGACGUGAAUGAAAAGAUGAUGAAGUUAGCUGGGUUAAAGCCAUAUUAG